AUGCGUCGUUUACUGCACUGCGUCGUCAGCAUUGAAAACUACACCAUACACUGCGACGAUGCUGAUGAGAAGAAAGUAGGAGGCUACGCGAUACCCGAGACGACAAUCUAUCUGCAAUUUUCCCAUCAUGACGUGCAGAUUGGGGACAUCUUAAAUCUCUUCGCAAACGAGAUGGAUGGUUGUCAAGUAAUGGAUACGUGCUCCUCUAUAAUUUACCUCAUAUCAAGACUCUACUUUUUCGUUGUCACGGUCGUUUUCUAUGUUGUGAACAUUUUCAAAACGAAACAAGUCGUCCCACCUAUUUCCGAUGAUCUUCUGUUGAUUAGCGCUACCGAGGCGGUGAAAAGAAUCGUCAAGAGAAAGAUUACCUCAGAAGCACUUAUACGAGCUUACAUUCAUCGUAUUGAGCAGGUAAACGAUGUGAUAAACACUGUUGUGGUCCGGUUAUUCGACGAAGCGACCAAAAAAGCAGCCGAGAUCGAUAGAGAGAUCGCAGAGAUGGGCAAUGAACGAUUGGAACAGCGCGUACGAUCCAAACCGUUGCUUGGUGUACCGUUCACUGUAAAAGAUGCUUUGGAAGUUGAUGGACAAAUCAUCACUUGCGGCAUUUAUAAUCACAGAGACAAUAAAUGCACGCAGAGUGCUGAAGUGAUUAAAAGAAUGGAAGCAGCUGGUGCGAUUCUCAUAGCUAUUACCAAUGUACCGGAAGCGUGCAGCUGGGUUGAGUCUACGAAUGGGAUUUAUGGCCUGUCGAAGAAUCCAUAUGACACCAGGUUAUCUGUGGGUGGAAGCAGUGGCGGUGAAGGAGCGUUAAUCAGUGCGGCAGGUAGUUUGAGGACACGAAAGCCUCAAGAAAUGUGCCAGAAAAGAAAUCUCCUGGGAACAAGAAUUGGUAUUGGCAGCGACAUUGGCGGCAGUAUCCGCAUUCCAUCAUUUAUGAACGGUAUAUUCGGGAUGAAACCUACACCAGGUGUCAUUCCUCUUGACGGGCACGUGCCGAUGCCAAAAGAGUUCCAGAUUCAAAUGCUUCGAAUUGGGCCGAUGUGUCGUUACGUGGAAGAUGUUCCUUUACUGAUGGAGGUAAUGGGAGGCGAACUAGCAGUUGAUCUACAUCUAAAGGGAAUGGUGGAUUUCAAGAAGGCUGUCUCGUAUUUCGAACAGAAAUUCGAUGUGGAGGGAAUUCGUCUAGACCUGCCUCUAGCCUCAAACGCAAUCGAAAUGCUCUUCUCUUGCAUUCAAGCUAAGAACACUCCGACAAUUUCUGAGUCGUUCAAAAGUUUGAAAGGCGACAGAGGAAGUUUGAACUGGAUGACCGAACUACCGAAAUUACUUGCUGGAAAAUCGGUGCAUACCGCUGCCGCGUUAUUCUUGUCGUUCUUUGAAAGUAUGGACAGAACCAGCGAAAAGGAGAAAGCCAAGUUCCGAAGAUUACGCGAUCGACUAGCUCGCCAAGUUACUGAGACCCUUGGUGAUGAUGGUAUACUCCUUUUCCCAUCGUGGCCUACGACCGCCCCCUAUCACCAUCAGACUUUUUUCACUCCGUUUAAUACUGCAUACACUGGCCUUUUCAAUGCGCUAACCCUGCCCGUAAUCACGUGCCCAAUGGGAUUGGAUAGGAACGGACUACCACUGGGCCUUCAGAUAGUUGGUGCGCGCAACUCCGACCGCCUACUCAUCGCUGCCGCUCAGCAGCUUUCACAAGCCUUCGGUGGUUGGACACCUGCAUGGUCUCAGUGA